AUGGUCUCUAUUAGAGAUACAACAAGAACAUCUAUUAGUAAUAGGAAAGAUGGCAAUAAGGGAAAUGAUGUAUUGUUUGUCUCUCAAACUAUGUCCAACAAGGGUGAUCGAAGUCGACAAGUAAGAUGGAAUGAUGCCAUGGAUAAGGCAUUGAUUGAGCUACUUGCUGAUCAAGUAGCAUUGGGCAACAAAAUUGAUAAGGAGUUUCAGACAUCUGCAUAUACAUUAGUAUGCAAGGAGAUGACUGCCCAUUUCAAUAUUGAUAUGAGAACACCCCAUAUUAAGAGUAGAAUGAGAACAUUAAAACCCAUAUACAUGGAAGCCAAGAAGCUACUCGGGACUAGUGGCUUUGGUUGGAAUGAAUCCAAGAAUCAAAUCAUACCUGACCCAUUGUUUGGGAUGAUUACAUCAAGAGUGAUGGAGAUGUUUGAGGAGAUGCAAACAGUUCUGGGAAAUGAUCAGCCUACAAGUGACAAGGCUAUGGUAAGGUUUGAAUCCAUGACUGAGUGUAAUGUUGAUGCUGAUGGUGCUGAAGAGGUUUGA